UGUUGCUGCAUUCAAGGAAUUUAUUAACGCGGUUUUUGAGCUUUGGAAGAAGUCUGCUGCUUCCUUUACUGAUUUUUCAUGUACUGGAGUUCAUUUUACUCAUUAUAGUCGCAAUCUACCAGGAAGGUCCUGAAAGUAUGUGUUACCUUAAUGGAGCUGUACCGUCUAUGGUAAAAUCUGAUAAAUUAAGUAAAGACAAUGAGCCCAUUAGUCUAGAGGAUAUAAUACUCUCGGAUGUAAAGCCUUCACUAGGACGAACAAUAUUCUUUUAUAAAACUAAAUGUCAUCCUCCAGACUCCAAGUAUAUUUUAAACUUGACGGCUAGACAGGCCUGUUCCAUCGAGUCCGCAGCUUUGCAUAAUCCAAAUUUUCAAGUGUUUCUUUUAUUUGAAAGUCCCAGCUACUUCCCCGAUGAUCAAGAAACCCCUCUUCUUGAUGCCAUUCAAAGCUACCAGAAUGUACAUCUUCGUCAGUUGAAUAUAUGGCGCUAUGCAGAUCAUACACCUCUUCAGGAUUGGAUAAAGAAAGCCGAUCUCCUACGGCCGAGCUUUCAGUCGGAAUACACAUCAAAUCUGAUUCGUUUCCUCACACUUUAUCACUUCGGAGGCAUUUACCUGGAUAUAGACUCGAUAGUUCUGCGAUCUUUGAAGGAUAUGCCCCUUAACUAUAUGGGUGCUCAUGAUAAUGUUACUUUGGACAAUGCUGUUUUUAGUCUGGAACCUAAAGGCACCGGCCAUGAGAUUGCAGUACUAUUUUUGCUCGAUAUUCAGGAAAAUUAUGAUAAAAGACUAUUUGAAUAUAAUGAAAACAGUUUAAUUGAUUGGCUAGUGAAAAGAAUUUGUGGAACGGUAUCUGUUAGAAAGAAAGAUUCCAGUCGUUGUCAUGGACUCCAAGUAUUGAACUCCACUGCCGUUUUGACAGUGCCCUCCCAAUACUGGAGCAAUUCUUUAGAUCAUAAUUUGUUGAAAGCUAUAAUAUCUAAAGCCGAAAACUCGUAUAUAAUACAUUUUAGGAAUAAACUUUCUAGCAAAUGCGAUUUUAAAAAAGGGUUCAGUACUAUUUAUGCGAUAUAUGCAAAACAGAAUUGUCCCAAAGUCUAUGAGGCAACUGGUGAAUUUUUCUAAGUGUCCAAUACAUUUUUUACAUAAAAGUAGUUAUUUUUAUUAGUGACAUAUUACAGUUUUAAA